AUGCCGUCCACAGGCCCGAGCAACAACCCUCAGGGCGUGCACUUCGUGGGCUCUCUCCCACUGCCCACGACACGCGACGUGUUCGAGCUGCUCGGCACCACCAUGACCUCGCACGUCCGACGUAUUCCCGACGGCGAGCCCUCGUCGCGGAAGAACUUCGUGCAGUUCCAGCGCGACCUGUUCCUGCCGUACCCGCAGCUCGUCAACUCGCGCCACAACCCGACCGCCACGUCGGGCCAGCCACUCACCGACGUCGACGCGGUCACUCGACACCUCGAGAGGCUGGAGACGGGCUACGACGCGGCGGCCAUCGCGUCGUACGCGACCUUCACGGAUAUGCGGACGCACUGGUCGUCGUCAUCGUCGUCAAUGACACCCGACGGUUGCGACGACGGCGUCAAGUUCCAAGUCGGCAUCCCGACUCCACUCAACGCACUGACCGCCAUCGUGGCCCCGAACUACAAGGCCUUCGUGGAGCCUCACUACACGGCGGCGCUGAAACGCGCGCUCGCGCGGAUUCAGGCCGCAAUUCCGCACCGCGACCUCGCCAUCCAGAUCGACUGCGCGCACGAGUUCGCCGUGCUGGAGGAGGCGUGGGCGCGUGUGGACGGCAUGGAGCGGUCGAAGCCGUGGUGGUGCGACGUCGACGGCGACGGCGACGGCGGUCCACCCACGGACACUCUCCACGCGGCCAUCUUCCGCGGCGUGGUCGACCGGGUCGUCGCGUUCGCCGGGGCCGACCACAUCGCGCCCGACGUCGAGCUGGGCCUGCACUUCUGCUACGGCGACUUCGGGCACAAGCACUUCCUCGAGCCAACCGACACGCGGACCAUGGUGCGCGCGGCCCUGGCCAUCCUGCCUCGUCUCGGCCGGCGCGUCAACUACAUCCACAUGCCGGUGCCGCGGGGGCGCGACGACGAGGCCUACUUCGCGCCGCUGGUCGAUCUACUCCCGUUGCUCCGCGCGCACGGCACGGUGCUGUAUCUGGGGUUGGUGCGCGAGGGCGACGAGGCCGGCACGGUCAGACGCAUCGAGACGGCGCGCAGGGUCGUGGACGGCGACGGCACCGGCGUACCAGGAACGCCGCCUCUCACGUGGGGCAUUGCCACCGAGUGCGGCAUGGGCAGGAUGAAGACGGAGGAUGUGCCCUGGACGUUGGACGUGAUGAAGAAGCUCGCGAGGCCUAUACGUUAG